ACUCUCACGGUAUUUUGACGUGUUCAUAUUUAUAUAUAUAUAUAUGUAUAGCCUAUAUAUUACUCAGAGAAUUAAACUUCAUGUGUCUGAUGGCUCGAGCCUCGAGUCCAUAUAUUAAUCUCAUAGGCUAUAUCUCGGUGGAAAAAUACAGUGAAUUAAGGAGAUUCUCCUGUCGCCUUUUGAAGGAUAAACACUGAAUCAAGAUUUGGUGCUGGUGGAUUUUUAAUUUCUUCUUUACUCUUGUGGUCUUCUGAUGUCGAGUGCCUCGUCACGCGGUGUGGAACAUCCUCCGUGUGCCUCCGUUCUUCUGGAUUUUAUUGUGACACCUGUGACUUCGUAAGUUCUUCUUUUUUUCCAGUCUGGAAGCUGUACGGUGUUUCUCCUGGACUGAUGGCGUCUUCUGCACCUUCUUCCUCGGCUCCUGAUGUGGACCCAAACACGGCUAAUUUACGACAACCUGCCACAACCGGCGACGCGUGGUACGGGGUUGCACACGGAUGCACGAGGAAACUGGGCAUGAAGAUCUGUGGAUUCCUGCAAAAGAACAAUAGUCUAGAUGAGAAGAGUCGGAUGGUGGGCGCCUUCAAGGAGAGCGCGAAGAACCCGAUGUAUGACAACAGCGAGCGCUUCACGCGCGCAGAGACAGACUUCUCCAACCUGUUCGCUCGAGAUCUGCUGCCUGCUAAAAAUGGUGAGGAACCCACAAUUCAGUUUCUUCUUGAGGUGGUGGAGAUCCUCUCCAAUUAUGUGCGCAAGACCUUUGACAGAUCCACCAAAGUGUUGGACUUUCAUCACCCUCACCAGCUCCUAGAGGGGAUGGAGGGCUUCAACCUGGAGCUGUCUGACCAACCAGAGUCGCUGGAGCAGAUCCUGGUGGACUGCAGAGACACGCUCAAGUAUGGAGUCAGAACAGGUCAUCCUAGAUUCUUCAAUCAGCUUUCAUCUGGUCUGGAUAUCAUUGGUCUGGCUGGAGAAUGGCUUACCUCUACUGCCAACACUAACAUGUUCACAUAUGAAAUCGCUCCUGUGUUUGUUCUGAUGGAGCAGCUGACCCUCAAGAAGAUGAGAGAGAUCAUUGGCUGGUCUAAUGGUGAUGGCGAUGGACUCUUCUCACCAGGUGGUGCCAUAUCAAACAUGUAUAGUGUGAUGGUUGCGAGGUACAAGUAUUUCCCUGAAGUCAAAACCAAAGGCAUGUCUGCAGCACCUCGACUCGUGCUUUUCACUUCUGAAUAUAGUCAUUAUUCAAUCAAAAAGGCAGGAGCAGUACUGGGAUUUGGCAAAGAAAACGUAAUUCUUCUGAAGACAGAUGAGAGGGGGCGUGUCAUACCUGCUGACUUAGAGGCCAAGAUCAUUGAUGUGAAACAGAAGGGUUAUGUGCCACUGUUUGUGAACGCAACGGCUGGUUCCACAGUAUAUGGAGCAUUCGAUCCCAUCAAUGACAUUGCAGACAUCUGUGAAAAGUACAACCUGUGGUUACAUGUGGAUGGUGCAUGGGGCGGAGGACUGCUGAUGUCCAGGAAACACAGACACAAGCUAAGCGGCAUUGAGAGAGCAAACUCAGUCACAUGGAACCCUCAUAAGAUGAUGGGUGUACCACUGCAGUGUUCAGCCAUCCUGGUCAGAGAGAAGGGCAUUCUGCAGGGCUGCAACUCCUUGUGCGCUGGAUACCUCUUCCAACCAGACAAACAGUACGAUGUGACCUACGACACCGGCGACAAGGCCAUCCAGUGUGGCAGACAUGUAGACAUCUUCAAAUUCUGGCUCAUGUGGAAGGCCAAGGGCACAACUGGGUUUGAGCAGCACAUUGACAGAUGUCUAGAGAUUUCUGAAUAUCUCUACAAUAAAAUCAAGAACCGUGUGGGAUAUGAAAUGGUCUUUGAGGGGCAGCCCCAGCACACAAAUGUUUGCUUCUGGUAUAUUCCACCAAGUUUGCGUGGCAUGCCAGAUGGAGACGAACGAAGGGAGAAACUACACAGGGUGGCGCCGAAGAUCAAAGCAAUGAUGAUGGAGUGCGGCACAACCAUGGUAGGAUACCAGCCACAAGGAGACAAGGUCAACUUCUUCCGAAUGGUCGUCUCCAAUCACGCCGCCACCAAGUCCGACAUCGAUUUCCUCAUCGAUGAGAUCGAGAGGCUGGGUCACGACCUGUAAGAGCACUAACCAGGCUCAGGCAUCUCCACAGGACGGUCGCACGGUCUACACGUUCAAUGGAUAUGUUUCGACAUUGUAUUGUGGUCCAAUAUGUUCUCUCCUUUUUUUCUAUGUCCUUAGAUUUUUAACUUACAGAUUAUGAAGCCUGUAUAGCUACACAGUCACCUUAUAACAGUUUAAAUCCAUUGGGGUCAGGUGUAAAAGUCAGUGCUUGAGUUUGUAAAUACAAUAUAAAGACAAGCAAAGACGUGCCACCCUUUUAA